CCAGCGUGUGGAGACUUGUAGAAACCUGGGCAGCUAGAUCCCUUGCCACCAGAGAAUCUAUCGGUUCUCGUAAAGACUGAUGAGUAUGGGCAAGAAGGCUGAAGAUUUCCUGUAAGAACCAUGGAGACCACCUUGGUCAACAUUUUGCCUUCUACGACAAGGUAGGAGAAUAAAGAGAGAUGCCCUCCGACUGGGCUGGAGACGGAACUGGGCCAUGCGACCACCAGGACUGGUGGUUGUACAUCCUACACUAAAGGUCUUCAGAAGGCAGUUCUGUCUGGUUGAUACAGCGGGCCAGGAAGCUCAGAUUAUGAACUUGGCAACUUGGGAUACUCAGCCUGUAUAAAAAAGUCCAGUCUUACUUAAACACCCUGACUGCAGAGGGGUCCCGGAUCAGGUGGAAGAGCUAUGGAUGCCAACACCAAAGUGGUCAUCGGCACGCUUUGUAGCAGCUUCCUCCUCUUCCAGGUUCUUUUCCAUUUUGUAAGUUACUGGUUUUCAGCCAAAGUUUCUACAGGUUAUAAUAGUCUUAGCAUCGACAAGAAGAUCGAAUGGAACUCAAGGGUAGUAUCUACGUGCCACUCUUUGCUGGUUGGGAUUUUUGGCUUAUACCUCUUCUUAUUUGAUGAGCCUACUAUAGCUGAUCCACUCUGGGGUGAUCCAAUGCUUGUGAAAUUGAAUAUUGCAACUGCUUCAGGCUACCUCAUUUCUGAUUUAUUGAUUAUCCUUUUGAAUUGGAAAGUGAUCGGCGACAAGUUUUUUGUAAUUCACCAUUGUACGGCGCUAGCUGCAUACUACUUUGUACUGAAAGAUGGAAUGCUAGCAUACAUUGCCAACUUCCGCCUGCUUGCUGAGCUUUCUAGCCCCUUCGUGAACCAGAGGUGGUUCUUUGAAGCCCUAAAGUACCCCAAGUUUUCCAAAGCCAACGUCAUCAAUGGAGUUCUCAUGACAGUGGUCUUUUUUGUAGUGCGGAUCCUCGCGAUACCUCCUUUGUAUUUCUUCAUAUACUCCGUGUACGGAACAGAAGCCUACAUGAGGCUUGGAUUUGUGGUCCAGUGUACCUGGAUCACUACCUGUCUUAUUUUGGAUGUGAUGAAUGUCAUGUGGAUGAUCAAAAUUACAAAAGGAUGCAUCAAGGUCAUCUCUCUCAUCAGACAAGAAGCCAAGAGUAGCCUUCAGAACGGAAAACUUGAUUAAAGGCGUGCUUCAUCAAACACCCGUGUUUCCAAAGCCAUCUUCAUUCCUCCCCGCGUCACGUCUACUGAUAGAUGAGUUCCUGGCAUGCUCCUCAGCUGCUCCGUUCCUUAUGACUGCUUGUUAUUCAGGGUUUCCGUGUCUUCUUCUCUCUCUUUCAUCUUUAGAAAAGGAAAAUAAAAUUUAGUUUUCACUCCCAAGAUAUCUUCUUUCCUUCUGCCUUUUAAGCAUGGCUAGACAUCGACAGGUUUCAGUAGAAGUUGUAAGUGGAGUGGAGCACCUUUUCUGAACUUGCAGUGUACGUGGGGAUCGUUCUCUGCAGAGAAAUGACUAUGGGGGUGACCCACUUCGCUGAAGGAGCGAGAACUGCUUUUAAGUCCGUAAGCAGCUCGGUUUGUUGUGCUGUGUUCUUUUCUAAUGCCAAUGCCUGUGUAGGGUCUGAUUUCUAAGUUGCUAACAUGUCCUUUUCUAGGCCAUCAGAAAUGACACAGUUUCAUUUGGGUAUGCGGUCAUCUAUUAUGAAGGAGUAUUUCACUCUUUGACAAUAUCAUGUUUGAACAUACUCCCUGCAUUUUAAGAUUUCAAAUGCCGCUUUAUUUCUGUCUUUAGUGUUUCAUCCAACAGUUUUAAAAACUGUAUGUCAGGCAAGGCUUAAGACCCAUUGUGUGGACCUUGGGGAUGAAUGUCUUCUAAAAGUGCAUGCUGGGAACAUGGCUUCUGUACUACUGCCUUCCCCUCUGUUUCCUUGUACUUUUUCCAUGAAAAAAAGAUACUCUUCUUGCAAAAUCUUCCCUGAGUUUAAAGCCUGACGCCAGAAUACCAGUCUUUCCCAGAAUGCAUUUGUCAUACCCCAGAAAUCGGCCUUGUGUUGAUUGGUUAGACUGACGGCACUACAGACAGGUCAGUGUUUGCGUUUAUCUGUAGACUUUCUCAGGCUUGCUUAGUCCAUCUUUGCUUUGCAUUUUUCUGGAGCAGGAAGGAAGAAGGUGAUUUAACCCAAGUAUUCUGAUGAUCAAAACUGUCACUCUAUGUGAAGAAAGUAUGUGUAUGUGUUUACUUUCACUUUGGUUCUUGCAAUCCAAAUAGAGAAUUAUAUAUUUAGCUAUUAUUGCCUUUAUUUAUUUUUUUCUGAAGUACUUGACUUUAAUGAUCUUAAGAAAAAAAGAGACUUAAUUCAAUUAGUGGUGAAUACUUGAAUUUAACUGAACCUAAACCAAAAGAUCUAAUCCAUCUAGAGUCUCAGAUUGAAGGGGAACGAUCAACUCGUUUUCGUUAUUCAUCUUAUGAUGGUGGAAGUGGUGUAAUGUAAUCAGAAUGGUUACUAUAAUACAGUUUCUUCUAAUUGUCUGGAACAGAGAGAGUCUGGCAAGGUCUAGUAUGUUUAAAGAUGGGAAUUAAAAAUUCAGCCAAUCAAAUGUUAAAAUCAGGUCCGUUUACUUUUGAAAGAUAAAGUAAUGUAACAGGACUUCUUUAAAGCAGCUAUUGUUACAUUGGUAAUGGCUUGUUUAUUCUACAUCAGAGGCACUCAAGAGUAUUGGUUGUCUAAAAGGUGAAGGUAUAGGAACGCAAAUGAUUUUACAUUGUUCUCGGCUCAAAAGAAAAGUGGGCUAUUUUUUUAAGGAAAGAAGACAUUUAUAUUAUAAAACUGUUUUAGAAAUUCACCAAAAAGGAAUAAAUCUUGAGAUAAGUGUUUUUGACACUUUGAAUAUUGCUGCAGUUCUGAACACAGAUUUCAAACUCACCAUCAAAACGAUGACAGCAUACAGUUAAGAAUCUCCAUGUAAGCAAUAAUUGUUUCCUGCUUAAAAGGUCAUUGCUGUUACUUUUAAUUGAUUGAUGUAGCCAGUCAUCAAAUAAGUAUAUUCGGAAUAUCAAAUGUUAAGAUUUGCCAUUCCCUUUGUCAGCAGCCCUUAUUAGCUGCAGCACCUAAAAGUCAGUUCUCCAUGUUCUCUCGUGGAAUAAGUGCAAUGGGAAUGCCCCGUGAACUGCCACUAUAAUUCAAGCCAGCCUCCGGAUGGGGCUGUAUUUUUGCUGUGAUUAUAUUUAUCAACCGAAAAUCCAAAUAAAGAUAAAACAUAAUAUUUACUAAAACAAUGAAAUUUUCAUUUAUUGAAUGACAAAUUUUUGCUAGAUAUUUUAGAUGUUAAGUAUUUUGGCUACGUGGAUUGAUUUAAACGAGUCCAUUAGGCAUUCUGAUAUUUAACAACUCUUAAAAUCUUUAUAGAAAAUAAAAACAAAUUGGUAUACAUUUUUAAGCAAUUCUAUUUUUCUAGAAAAGAUUAGUGACAAUCUGAAUGUGUAGUACUCUAGAAAAUAAAAGUUCUCAUGAAACUUAAAGAGCAAAAAUAGCACUCAAGAUCGUGGAUCCUACAUUCAAUAUUUUGUGUGUGAGACUAAAAUUUUUAAGCUUGGGUUUAUAGAAUUUGCACUCUUGUGUCUAAAAUCACUUAGAGGACUGUUUGCAUUUACUUAAAAUUAAAAAUGAGUUACGUAUGCAUGCAAGGAAAUUAACUCAAAUUAUUCUAUGGUAGGUUGAUUUUUUAAAUUUUAACUGCUUUUUUUGUUAUCUCAUGGGCCAGUUAGGAAUUAAGAGGAAUAACGGUAGACCGUUACCAUCUCUGGGAGCCGGUUUGCUGUAUUAUGAAUAAACUGGGUCCAUAGGGGGUCUGGUUGGAAAUUACUUAGUCUGUAGGUAUUUUGAAUGAAGUUCUUUCAUUAAUUUUAAUAAUUUGUUUAACUCAGCUUUUGUUCAAGUGUCAGAUUUUUUUAAUUGCUUCCUCUUGAGACCUUGGGCAUUUGGAGACAAGUUCUUCUUGAGGAUUCAUUGACUGCUGGUGACAUUUCUUUGGCAUCUGGAAAUGUCAUUUUUCAUGGAGGCACAGGGAAAAGUACCAUCAAAAUGCGUGUUUCUUUCCUUUCAGUUUUAUAACAUACCUGGAUAAGUUUGUUCCUACAUUGCUGCAAGUAUGUAAAUAGGCAUCUCAAGCAUUGGUUUGUUUGCAUUGCCUGACUUUAAGUACUUCAGUGGCUUGGGCAGCUAAAAAGCCCACAUAGUUAUGGGCAUCAGUAAUGAUUCAUAGAAGCUUAUGCAUUUUUGCGUUUGAGAUUUCCUCAAAAGCAAACAUUUUACUUUUGUCAGAAAAAUGGCACUGUGCUUUCCAGCAGGUGUGAGUCACCACACCGGUGAGAAUCUUCCCGAAUGCGCACACACACACCUCCUGGCCUUAAUUACAGCUCACUGACACUAAAGCUACUGAAAGCCAGCCAUGAUGCAAAAACUCUCAAUGUAUGCAGAAAUGAGAAAAGCCCUAGGACCUGGUGUGGGAGGAGACAGCGAGACUGCUCUUCCUCUCAAAGACGGUAUUUCCUUCCUCUCCUGAGAGUUUUCUGUCCAGGCUCACCUGGUUGCCCAUCUCCUCUCUAGUGCCCCACAGACUUCAUUAUCCCCCCUCCAUGUGCUGGGACCUCUCUAUGUCAACUUCUGAGACGUGCCCGGUCAUCUGUGUGCUUCUCAAUCUCCGUGGCAAGUUUCAAAGUUUACAAAUAGGUUCUCUCACGAAAACAAGCAUUGUAGGACGUUUAAAUAAAGAUCUGACAAACCACAAUUUAUUAAUAGGCUGCAGGAAGCCAGUAAGCAUGUAAUAAUACCUGUUUACAACAUAGAACAAAGGUAAUUAUGGUUUUGUUAGGAAACAUCUGUAAGCUCUCUCUUAAACUGGUUUAGCAAUAGAGUUUUAUAAAGCGUUUCAGCUGGGGAUUUAUUGUAGGCGUGUUAAUGACCUAUUAAAUGUUCUUUAUAGACUCCAUGGCAGUAUUGAGGGUGUAAAAUGGAGCUGUUUUGAUGAGGGCAGGGUUUGGCUUGUGGCAAAUUGUUUUAGUCUUGCUCUUCAAUAGAAAAGACUUCUGUGGUCCUGUUUACUUAAAAGCAAACUACCAGCUGCUGAGUUAGUGUGUCUUGGAGUUCAACCCCAGGGACUCAAGUCCAUGUCGUACUUGGUGUGUCUUCUGUUGUAGUAGGCAGCUUCGCGAGAUGAACUGUGUGCAUUGGAAAUGUUUACAUUUACCCACUUUGCACAGCAGCCUUGGUGUCAUACCCUACACACAAGAGCGAGCGCAAUGAAAAUGAUUUCUAAAUCUCAUAUGUCUUAGCUCUAUACCUCUGGCUGGAAACUUGUUAGACACCAUCUCAAAUUUUUCUCUUUGCAUUUUUAUGUAAUUCUGUAAUUAAUGUGUGUUACAAUCAUUUGCUCUUUUGGCUAACUGAACCUAAAGACAUAGCUGAGACAUAGCUGUAAAUAAGGCGUGUUCUGUAUUUUUGUUUCCUGUUUGAUUGGUUUCUCUAGGAUCGUCUGCUUUUUACUUAAGGAAUUUUUGUGUAGAUGAUAUUCCUAAAAGUAGGAUAAGUUAUGAAAUUUUUCAAUUAUUGAAUUUGUAAUAACAUUUCAACAUAGAUCUUAUUUGCAAAGGCCACUUUAAAACUGGGGUGCCUGCACUAACUAUAGCGAUAGGUACAAUUUUUCUCCGAUACUAUAAUAUAUAAUCUUGUCAUAAAGUUUUGGAAGCCUCUCAAAAUAUGCUUAAUAACUUAUUUCCAUAAGAUUGAAGAGUUUUAUUUAUAAAACAUAAGACCAGUUAAUUUAUAAAUCAGUAUUACUAAGACGCAUCAGUAAGUGAAAUACAGGUGGCGUUCUUUGAUUCUGGUUGUGCUUUGUUUGAAGGGAUAGAAAGUAUCUUUUCAGAACUUUCAUUAAAAUUUUGAAAUGUUUGUAUUCUUUGUAUGUGUGCCACUUUACAGUUUAUGCAAGUUCUAAGCAAUAACCUGCAUGUUCUAC